CGGAUUUAUUUAAGUGCAACACAGUCGGCGCGGAGUGCCGAUGGAGGAGCUGGAAGUGGCGAUCCCUCCGAAGCUGCCCGGUGCUUUCCAGCGACAAUAACGAGUAUUAAAGCAAUGGCAGCCUCAUCAGAGGAGGUGCUGCUGGUGGUGAAGAAGGUGCGGCAGAAGAAGCAGGAUGGAACGUUGUACCUUAUGGCAGAGAGGAUCGCCUGGGGCCCAGAGGGGAAGGACCGCUUCACCGUCAGCCACCUGUAUGCAGACAUUCGCUGUCAGAAAAUCAGUCCAGAUGGCAAGGCCAAGAUCCAGCUGCAGCUGGUCCUUCAUACGGGCGAAAGCACCACGUUCCACUUUGCCAAUGAGAACAGCGCCCUGCGGGACCGUGAUGCUGCCAAGGACCUUUUGCAGCAACUGCUGCCCAAGUUCAAGAAGAAGGCCAAUAAGGAGCUAGAGGAGAAGAACCGAAUGCUCCAGGAGGAUCCAGUGCUCUUCCAGCUCUACAAAGAUCUCGUGGUGAGCCAGGUGAUCAGCGCUGAGGAAUUCUGGGCCAAUCGGCUGAGCAUGAACUCCGUAAACCACUCAACGUCUAAUAACAAGCAGGAAGUGGGGAUAUCAGCAGCCUUCCUGGCAGACAUCAGGCCUCAGACAGAUGGCUGCAAUGGCUUGAGAUACAACCUCACUUCUGACAUCAUAGAGUCCAUCUUCAGAACGUACCCUGCAGUGAAGCAAAAAUAUGCAGAGAAUGUGCCCCACAACCUGACAGAGAAGGAGUUUUGGACCCGCUUCUUCCAGUCACACUACUUCCACCGGGACCGGAUCAGCACAGGCCUGCAGGAUCUCUUCUCAGAGUGUGCCAAGCAGGACGAGAAAGGCUUGAAGUCAAUGGUUGGUCAAGGCGUGAAGAACCCUUUGGUGGACCUUCAGUCCCUAGAGGAUAAGGCGUUGGAUGAGGGUUAUGGUACUGCUGCAACUCCCUCCACCUCCAACAGUAACAGAACAGUGAAGGAGAACAGCAACUCGGCCAUCAUCAAGCGCUUCAACCACCACAGUGCCAUGGUGCUGGCAGCAGGCCUGCGCAAACAAGAUCCCCUUAAUGACCAGGCCAGUGAGACCAGUAGCACAGAUGGAAACUCAAGGGAUUCUGACCUUUUUCAGCCACCCAUCAAGAAGGUGAAGCUGCAGGAAGCCAUUGAGUAUGAGGACCUUCAGCAGGAGGAUGGCCUGAAAACUGUUUCUCUGAACUUGAAGAAAUCAGACAGAUAUUCUCACGGGCCUGUGCCCAUCCAGACCCAGCACUAUACCACCAGCCAGGACAUCAUCAACUCUGUGAUCCUCGUCCAGCAUGAGAUGGCCAAUUACAAGCCUUGUCUUACUCAGGUGAUGUCCAGCACCAUGGCCAGCUCAGCAAUUGUAGCCCUUUCUCCAGGGGGAGUGCUCAUGCAAGCCGGGACGCAACAAGCCAUAAACCAGAUGGUACCGAGUGAGGUACAGUCAGAGCUCAAGCACCUUUAUACAGCUGCUGGGGAGCUGCUGCGACACUUCUGGUCCUGCUUCCCUGUCAACACCCCCUUCCUGGAAGAGAAGGUGGUGAAGAUGAGGUCAAACCUGGAGAGGUUCCAGCUCACUAAGCUUCACCCAUUCCAAGAGAAGGUCCAGCGCCAGUACUUUAGCACCAAUCUAACAGGGCACCUUGAGGAAAUGCUGCAAACAGCCUACAAUAAGUUCCAUGCUUGGCAGACCCGACGUAUGAUGAGAAAGACAUGAAAGAGGAGCGAAAGGAAGGGAGGAGCCUCGUUCCCUUGCAUGGGCCAGCUUGGCUGCUGAGAAUGGGGCUCCGAGACCGGACCCCUGCACUUGGUCUGCAGAGGGGGAGAAAUAUCAAAUGGAGGGUGCCACCACACUCUCCAUGGGUCUGCAGAGAAGAAUUGGAGCGCCACACAGGCAAUACUUGUUUCUCAGUUUUUAAUUUUCUUUUAAAUGGGUGCCUGUUUGUGUGCUCCACCACGGUGGUUGGAGCAGAGACAGAUCACAGGGAAGAAAUCUCACAACUUUCUAAGUGCACGUGCUGGAGAGGGAGGGCUUCUCAGGAACUGAGCAUGAAAAGCAAAAGGACUAAAGUGUCUUUUUUUUUCUUUUUUUUUUUGAAAAAAAAAAAAAAAAACAUGCUCAGUGUUCCCACAAAUACAAUGCCACCCCACCUCCUCAGAGGAAUGGGUGUGUCAGAGAGAAAAGAAUAAAGCAAUAGUGUAAAAAAAGACAAGUCUGAUAACUGUUUUGCAGGCUCAGCUGUGUGUGUCUGCAAGACCCAAACACACUAGCUGUGCUUAAAGCUCAAAAAUGGUUAAUUUGUUAUGCUUAUAAUGUUUUUAAACUGACAGGGAGAAUGUGUACAGAGGUUCAGGCUGUCACUUCCACCCUGGUGGUGGUUUAUCUGAUGGAUUUCCCAGUUGGGGAAUGAACGAAACUAUCAUCGCAGCUUUCCGUGUGACAAGCUGAGACAGAGGCUUCAGUUUGUGGCUGACUUCUGCCUCGCUGGUGGCGCUUUUUCAUUUCUGUGCAACUUCCUUGAUUGAGAACCCCUGCUUGCUUCCUCUUAGUCGUAACGUUUUGCAGGAGCAGGAAAGGGGAAGCCCUUUAGCAAAACUAAGAUAUGGUCAAUGCAGAGCUAGUUUCUGGUUCUUUUGGUUUAAAGCCCUGGUUCUGCUACCACUGAAGUGUUGUUUUCUGCCUACCCUCUUCCACGUUGGCAUACUUCUCAAUACAUGUUGAAGAACUGGGCUUCUCCAUCAUGUAACCCAAAAGUGGCCUGGGGUCGGGAUCAAGUAGGAUGUGCCACUUCUUCAUGAUACUGAUUUAGGAUUUCCCUCAUGUUUCCGAUAUCUCUUCAUGACUUAAGCAACACUUGUCAACUACCGGCUGAUUGUGGUUUUAUUAGAAGUAGUAUGUCCCCAUCCCCUGUUAGGGAGUGUGACUUUUGAGUCCUGUGUUUUUGCCCAGGGGUGGGAUGUGGGAUAUAUACACUGUCAGCAGUCAGUCUAAGCAGUUAGGUGUUUUAUGAAGGCCUCCCAAAAGGCACCUGUCUUCAUGAACUGAGCUAUACUGUCGGUACGUUAUAAAGUGGCCGUUCAGCUGAACUGCAUGAAGAGAUAUCAGACUUUUGGGGGGGGGGGGGAUGUUUCUACAGGCAGAUGUACUAUUAUCAAUCAGUCAGUCUUACCUCCUGUGUCAUGGCUAGUGCAAUAGCUUUGCUUUUGCUGGGACGUCUUUCAUAUCACUGUGACAUUUCAUGUGUGAGAACUGUCCUCUUAAGUUUUCCUGAUGCUCACCAUCACUGGUUGAUGUCAAUUUUGCCAGUAUUGUACCAUAAGUAAGCAGUAUGAUCUUGCACAUAUACCAGCCAAAGGUUGGUUCCGUUUGUAUUAACAGUUUUAUAAGAGAAAAUGACAAAGAUAUGCAAAUCCCAGUUUGGGAAAAAUUGUGAUUUACUUUGCUUUGUUAUCUACAGUUGUGCUUGAGUGAGCUUUCAGCUCUGUGCCACAGACUCUAAACCCAACAAUGGUUCUACAUCUUUCCUGUAAAUAGUCUAGUUUUACAACUUUUUUUUCCUCUUCAAUUUUUGCAAGAAUCACCUGGUUUAAUUCAAAACAAUUUUUAAACAUUAUUUUUCCAACCAGGAUCUUUACAAGUCCCAUAUGCUAUAGUAGCUCUUAAUGUUAUUUUAUCAUAAUUUGUCAUGAUAAAAGAUGAUGCAAGAUGGAGUAGUUUUACAAAAGUCUACCCAAAAUUAUGUGUUGUUAUAAACCCAAAAUUAUUUAAGAAAUAUGUCCUUUGACCUGCACUGAUAUUCUUGUUCGUAGAACUGGUUUGGUUUGGGUGAUUGGUCAGGUGGAUCUCCAAAAGCAGGGUUGAAUGGAUCUAUUAUUUUAUCAAUCUUUUUCUUGUCUUCAUAUUGUGAGAUGUACCAAUAAAGGAGAGUGGAAAAUAGACCUUACCACAUUUGGUGUGUUGAAAAUUAAAAUAUGAAUAAAAAGAAAAAUGCAUUUAAAUUGAACAUAUACUUUGUAAG